CUUCCCAAAUUGGCUUAGGAUUCUUGCGGGGCAGCUUUGACUUUCCCUGCAAAUGUGAAAUUUUGGUUCGCGUUCUCUGCUGCAGUCGGAUUCACUUCCAUAUAAUAACGAGGAGUCAAGGUGAUAUUAAUUCACUUGCAAUGGCCAACGUGACCGGGAAGAGAAAGCGCCAAGAUGCGCAUCCAAGCAAUCAUGUGCAAACCAAAAAGACCGCAAGCACUCCGCACGUGAAUGGCAACCCGGCCAAGUCGAAGCCUGGUGUUGCAGCUAAACCUCACAUCGAGACAUCGUCUCCCACCAACACCGGCCGCAAAGAUGUCACCAUUCAAAUCGUCACCGGAUCUUACGAACGCGCUCUACACGGCACCUGCGCCACGAUCCAGGCUCCCGACCAGGAAAACGUCACCUUCGCAGACAACUUCCUCUUUGCUGCUCAUAACUCCUCUAUCCGCUGUCUGGCACUCUCCCCCUCCUCGCACUCGGGCAAACGCUUCCUCGCCACAGGAGGAAGCGAUGAACGGAUCAAUCUCUACAGCCUCUCCACCGCACCACCACCCUCAUCUACCAUCAAGGCCUCAAAAAUUAGCAAUUCAUCCUUAGUCGAACCGCUCCCGAUCCACAACCCGCUCAAUCGCUCUCUGGGAAAUCUGGUGAAUCACGACCGCGCAAUCACCGCUCUCCACUUUCCCAUCAAGUCCAAACUUUUCAGCGCCGCCGAAGACAACACCAUCGCCAUCUCCCGCGCCCGCGACUGGACCGUCCUCUCCUCAAUCAAAGCUCCUAUCCCAAAACCCCAAGGCCGCCCGUCAGGAGACACCGCAGGCCCCGGUGAAUUCCCCGCCGGCAUUAACGACUUCGCCAUCCACCCCUCGCAGAAGCUGAUGCUGAGUGUCGGGCGAGGGGAGAAGUGUAUGCGCUUGUGGAACUUGAUGACGGGCAAGAAGGCCGGGGUGUUGAGUUUUGAGAGGGAUCUACUGGCACAGGUCGGCGAAGGAAAGCACGGUAGUGGCGAAGGUAGAAAGGUGUUGUGGGAUGAGCACGGGGAAAAUUACGUGAUUGCGUUUGAGAGGGGCGCGGUGGUGUUUGGGAUCGACUCGAGGCCGAAAGCCAUCAUCAAACCAUCGCCGCCUACGAAGCUACACGCCUUGCACUUUCUCCCGCCCACUGCCGAAUCACAGGCACCGUCCACGCUUGCAGUCUCCACUGAGGACGGCAGGAUCCUCUUCUUCGACACCAGCAUUGCAGAAAGCACACCGGAUGCAUCAAAGCUGCCCCUGUUGCCCUGCAAUGCUCAACUCGGCGGCUCAGCCGCGGGCUUCAGCGGUCGUAUCAAGGAUUUCGAGGUCCUCACUCUACCGCUUGCUGGCUCUGGGCAAGAAUCGCCCCUCGCAAUAAUCACAGGGAGCAGCGACGGCGCUAUCCGAUUAUGGACCGUGCCUCCCUCUGACCUCGCUGGAAGUAGUAGUAACCAGUCCGCGAACGACACCGCUGCUGAGAAGACCAACGCUUCGAAACAGCUGGGAAAGCUGGUGGGCACGCUGGAGACGGGCAACCGCAUUACUUGUCUUGGCGCCUUCGUCAUGGAUGGAACGGCACAGGCAGAAGUUGACGCGGAUGCAGUAGAAGGUGACAGCGAUAGUGAAGAGGGCAAAUAAGUGCGAUG